GUUGUCCGGUUACGCGGUUCGGUUUAUAGUUGCUCGCGAAAGAACGGAAACAAAUUGAAAAUAACAAAGUCGCGUAAUUCUAUAAACAACAACAAUUUACGAUGCGUGUCGCUAAACAAAAACAAUAGCAAACCGCCUUACGCCUUCAGCUAUAACCUACCUCUACAAACAUUACAAACAAAAAAGUUAAAACGUAAACAGAAAUAGUUUAAUUUCUUAUCGCAGUUAAUAAAACUGUUUGCAAGCUUAGCACGUAGGCUGGAACACACACACGCGAUUAACAUAUGAAAAUAUAGAUAAAUAAUCACAAAAUAAUAGAACGACAAUUUGUAAACGCGUUUACAAAGCUAUUUACGCUUAUGUAUCAAAAUACAUAAAUUUGCAUAAAUCAAAACAAAUAUGGAGCAAACCAAGAGCCUGCUCUCCAAGCAUUCCAAGGAUGUGGAAUUUCAGGAUGUUUUCUAUACGGUGCAGCAACGCACAAGCUACUUGCGAUCAACCGGCCAGCGGCAAAUUUUAAAAGGCGUCAGCGGUAGUUUCCGUAAUGGACAACUAUCGGCUAUAAUGGGCCCCUCGGGGGCCGGAAAAAGCAGUUUGCUAAACGCGAUUUCGGGUUUCAGAACCACUGGCGUCAAGGGCAGCAUUAAGAUCAAACGAGAUAAUGCCUGCUAUAUAACACAGGACGAUUGUCAUCAGACGCUGCUCAGCGUGGAGGAGCUCAUGAAUCUCUCUUGCGAUCUGAAGCUAAAGUCGCGCUUGAAAAAGGAAGAAAUUAUAACAGAUAUAUUGACAAAUCUGAAUCUCAAUCAUCGUCGCAGCGUAACCGCUGAAAAGUUAAGCGGCGGCGAGCGCAAACGCUUGUCCAUAGCACUGGAGCUGGUGGACAAUCCAAAUAUAUUCUUUCUGGAUGAGCCCACCAGUGGCUUGGAUGAGGUCACAGCAGCGCAGUGCAUACGCCUGCUCAGCGCGCUGGCCAAAGAGGGACGCACUGUGGUGUGCACCAUACAUCAGCCGUCGGCAACAAUAUACAACUGCUUCGAUAGCAUCUAUGUGCUGGCCAAGGGGCAGUGCGUGUACCAAGGCACUCCACAGGCAACUAUACCGUUCUUAAGAUUGGCGCAGCUUGACUGCCCACGCUACUACAGUCCCUCAGAUUACAUUAUAGAAGUUGUGGACGAUGGGGAGCUGGUGCCGCGGCUUAUCGAGCUCACAGACAAUGGCAAGCUGACCUAUCGCGCUAAGGCGCCGCAGUAUGUGGAGCCACAACAGGCUAUAACAACGCUGUUUGUGGAGCAACCUAAGCGCCCGCUGCUGCCUACAAUCUUUGCUGGCAGCGCUGCUUCUACUGAUGGCAGCUUAAUGAACGGCGCUGGUGCUUUGCUGGAGCAAAUGAAGGCGCUUUCGCAGCGCUUCUAUCGCGAUCGACGUGACAUAUCCGGACUGCGGCAAUUCGUGGUGCUGAUGCGCGUCAUGCUGCUGCGCAUUAUGCGUGCGCGCUUGGCUUUGAUUAUACAGCUGUUCCAUCAUAUGCUGUGCGGCCUGUUCUUCGGACUCAUCUUCUUUCAGCUGGGCAAUCAGGGUGCGCGCAUGUUUGAUCAUCUCAAGUUCUGCAUUGGCGCUGUGCUCAUGAUUGUCUAUACGCAGGUUAUGGUGCCCAUACUAAGCUAUCCUGCAGAUGUCAAGGUAGUGCGCAAGGAAACCUUUAAUCGCUGGUAUAGCUUAAUGCCCUACUACAUGGCGCUGACCAUUUCACGCUUGCCGCUGCAGGUGCUGCUCAAUUUAACGUUUAUGGCAAUGACUUAUUGGAUGACUGGCUUGCCGGAGCAGCUUUGGCGUUUCUGCAUAUUUGCUGCUGUGGGCCUAAUGAUCUCCUUGGUGGCUGAGGGCAUGGGCCUGGCCAUAGGCGCUACCUUUAGCAUUACAAAUGGCAGCGUUGUUGGUCCCAUGCUCAUAGCACCACUAAUGGGUCUGGCUGUUUAUGGCUUUGACUUUGCGCCACAAAUUGGCGUUGGCAUGAAUCUCCUCAUGAAAUUCAGUUAUGUACGCGUCGGCGUUGUCUCCUUAAUACUCGCUGUAUUUGGCUUUCAACGCGAGGACCUGGACUGCGAUGACAUCUAUUGCCACUUUAGUGAUCCACGAGUGCUGCUUAAAUUCUUGGAUGUGGAUAAGGUUUCGAUACUGCAUCAAUUCGGCUUGCUGACCAUGCUAAUGAUAUUCUUUCGCGUGCUUAUGUACAUCAGUCUGCGCAAGCGUUGCUAUACAUAAUCGUUAGCUUUAUGUUUUUUGUAUCAAAAGUCAAAAGUCUAUUGCUGUGAUGUGAACACAAGUACGUGCAUAUAAUAUUAGUGUUUAAGUACAAAAACAAAAGCCUUUUUUAAGAUAUGUAUUACACAUUGAUUGCCUCUUCAAUUAGACACUACAGUUUAAGCUGGUGCAUAGAUACUCGUAUUUAAUAUUAAUUAAGUUAAGCUUUGUGUUUUUCGGUUAGAGUGACAAAGAAUAUAUUUUACAAUUGUGUUUGUAUGCUUAAAAGUAACUGAACCAAAAGUUCUAAUCCAAUUUGUACGCAAUUUUAAGCUUUAAUGCUAACGCCUUCUAUUGAGGCAGCGCAAGUGGCUUUACAAAAUAAAAUAUGACAAAUGUAUGAAUUUAACGUUCCCUAAAAAUCCAAUUGUUAAGCAACUUACUGCUGGAAUGUUUGUUGUAGUAAUAACAGCAAUUUUUUUUUACGAUUUCAACUGUAAAGAAUAGUGAACAGCGAAUAUGCAAAGUUUAAUAAACGCCAAAUUUCGUUUG